AUGUUUACAUCAGGGUCUGAUGAUCAGGCACAUCAACAGCUGAUCGUUUAUUUUGGACAAAGAAUGUGCGCAAAUUCAGUGAAAUAAUAAUAUGGCAUUACCAUAUUGUUAACUAAUUUUGACAAUCUACUGAUAUAAAAAUUACAGCAAAAUUUGAAUCCAAAGAGUGAACUUUGAGACUGUUUUUUACGACUGACUAAAGCUUUUUUAUCAUAGAAAUAGAAAAUAUAUAAUUAUAAUUGAUUACUCAAGAACAUUGCUAAAAGUAUGUCAGCCUUAUCAGAGACUCUCACAAUUAAACAGCCUAUUAGACGUUUGGAAAUCCAAAUUAAUAAUUUCAACGUUGCUAUUCCACACCAUGUAGAUUUGUUAAAGCAACACAAGAACAAUAUUAAAAAGUAUCAAGAUCAGCAUGAUUGGGAUCGGGUAAAAAAGGAGCAUAUAAAUGUCUCUCGGAUUAUCAAACAACUAAAGGAAUUAUUAUAUCAAAUGGACACUCUCAGAUCACAAGUUCUCGAUGUUGAUAUUGAUAAAUUUGACAAAUUGACGACAAAUGCAAGAAAAAGUAUCAUGAAUGCAAUUAAAGAAUAUUUAGAAAUGGAACUAAAUUUUUCAACGACACUUAUACCAUCUAAAAAUGAAAACCAAAAAUCAAAUGACUUACCUGAAGAUAACCAGGUUCAGUUGCAAGCAGAACAGGAAGAUUUGCAGCGUCAGCAAACAUGUCUGUUUAUCUGGAACCAUUUGCAAGGAGAAAUACAACAAUUACAUGAGCUUUUUGUUGAAUUCAAUAAAGUUGUACAUGAUCAGAAAGAAAUGGUGGAUAAUAUCGAAGAAAAUAUUGAAGAAACUCAGAUAAAUGUGGACAAAGGUGCAAAAUACAUACAACAGGCUUCAAAAUAUAAAGUUGCUGCUUACCCUAUAGCAGGCGCUAUGAUAGGCACAUGCAUUGGAGGACCAAUAGGUUUGCUAGCUGGCAUGAAAAUUGGUGGCCUUGCUGCUCUGAGUUGUGGUAUUUUAGGUUUUACAGGAGGAUCGUUGCUGAAAAAGAAACAAAUAGAAUAUCGAAAAGUAGAAGAACAUGUUAACAAUUCGAAUAUUGAUUUGAAGUCAAUUAGAAAAUCUUCCUCUUGCCCAGACAGUUUAAAAGAUGAUAAGAAAGACAUAUGACAAAACAUGAUUUCAUCAUCAUGUACUAUCAAUUUUAAA